AUAUUGAAGUUUUAAGUAUAUUAAAUUCUAGAGCUGGUGGUGUUAAAGCAUUACAAGCACCAUGGAGUGAAUGGGCUGGUAUGAUGAUUUUUACAGGAAGUUUGGUGGGUUUUUUUGUUGAAGAUAUACCAAAAUUUAUUAUUCAGGUUGUGACUUCAUCACUAGUAAUCCUUCACGCAAUAGUAGGAAAAAUGUAUAUGGGUAUCGCAAGAUGGCGUCAAUCUAAAAGGCAAUAUGAACCUCCAAAAGGUGGUGAAGAUGCUUGGAAACAAUUGAUGAGUGAAGUUGAAAGAUUAGCUAAAGAUCAUUUGGAAGAAUCUAAAGCUUCUAUUGAGGCAGCUAAGCUCGCUGCUAGGAAAAAGUCCAUGAAAAAAGGUCCUGAUUAUAGUGAGUCUUCAAAAGGAGGUCAAGGUAAAAGUAGAGAAAAUUUGAAAGAAGCUGAAAGAGAACAGGGAUACGAAGGGGAUAGAGAUGAAGUAUUGACGGGGAGAAUUAGGUACGGACAAGGGAGAAGUCAUAGAAAUUUGAGUGUAAGUCCUGUACAUACACCUGGAAAUAUUAGCCCAGGAAGAAGAAGUGAUAGAAGUGGUGAU